CCCAAAACAGAGGCAAAACCCCAGAAAUGACAGACCUCAAUCCCCCGCCUGAAAAGGCCAAAGCGGCAGCCGAGAUCAAAAAGAUCCUGUCGGGCGGAAAGGCCCACUUCCCGAACCCGCCCGACCCAACAAACCCGGACCCGGCUACUCUCCGGGAGCAAUGGAGAUACGCCAUUAGGCAGUACAGCAGAAUGUACUCUCACGCUUGGGGCACCGCCAUUCUCGCCGGAGCUUCCUUCUUUGCCCUCGGCUGGUUCAUCAAGGGCGGCAAUCCUCUCCCUUCCUUCGGCACCCACCACGAUCCUCCUCCUCCGCCUUCCCCGGCCGACAGUACUGAUGAGCCUCGCCGCGCAUGAGUGUGUACUAGUGUUAUGCCACGACUCUGGGGAGGACAAGCUGUUUGGGCUGUCAAGACUCAAGACUGAUCUCUCGGUUCACAAAGAAAAGAGGAAUGAACUUUCUGUACGGAGCCUUGUAGUGUAAAGAACAGGGUUUAUCUAUCAAUGUUGCUUAGAAUCCUGAUGAAAUUUGGUAUAUGUUUCGGCUGUGAGUGUGUAAUUUUGGUUGAAUCAUUUGAUACAAUAUACAAGGGUACACUUGUCUGUUUUAGCAUUUCUCUCCAAUUUAUGGCUGGGCACGAUCGAUGUUCUUUCUGUCACUAUAUACUGUGCGUAAGUUCAAAGAAGCAAUCCUGAGGGAGUGAGAGUGAGAGGAGAUUUGAGUACUCUGAUGGGUAAAGAGGGAAUAACAAGGUGGUGUGCAACAAGUGAAAAAAUUGUCAGCAAGAAAACAAGGAGAAUCACCAUGGUGGCUCGAAAUUGAAGAGGUAACCAAAGCAAGAAAGAAGUGCAACUCAAGCAAAGUAG